AUGGAUCUCUUCUCCUUCACCCUGACUCUCCUGGUUCUCCUGCCCCCAGCCUGGGGCUUUGACCUGGGCCAGUCGACCCGCUGCGUGCCCAUCCCCCACCAGAUGAGUGUGUGCCAGGACGUGGGCUAUUCGGAGAUGAGGCUGCCUAACUUGCUGGGGCACAGCAGCCUGGAGGGCGAGGUGGUUCCCCGUUCGGAGGACUGGAGACCCCUGCUGCAGACCGGCUGCCAUCCCCAGGCCCAGGCCUUCCUCUGCUCCCUCAUCGCCCCUGUCUGCCUCGACGCGUAAGUCUAUAGCUUUAGUUUUCCUUUUACCUGUCCUCUUCUAUCUUCCUGUGUGUCUGUCUGUCUGUGUCUCUAUCUAUCUAUCUAUCUCUCUCUCGCUCUCUCUCUCUCUCUCUCUCUCUCUCUCUCUCUCUCUCUCUCUCUCUCCAUACUAUGCUGCUCUCUUCCUUCUCUGUCAAUCUGCCUGUUCUUUCUCUCUGUUUGAGUCUCCCUAUUUCCUUCCCCUUGAGAACUUCCCACUGCUAACUCCUUCUCAAGAGGGAACAAUCCGCUCCUUCAUCACUUCAUUUUUACCCUCAGUGUGUUUACAAUGGAACAUUCCUAUCAUUUCCACACAGUGUCCACUGUGUUUUGAACCUAACCCUGUGUCUGUCUCUCCAUCUCCAGGUUUAUCCAGCCGUGCCGUAGCCUGUGUGUGGCCGUCAGGGACAACUGUGCCCCAGUACUGGCCUGUCAGGGCCAUGUCUGGCCAGAGGCGCUGGACUGUGACCGCUUCCCUACCCAGGAGGACAUGUGCCUGACCCCCCACCCCAAACACAGCAACAGCCACCUCGCCAAAGCAUUGCCUAAGCCUGCAUGCCAAGCAUGUCCUUCCGUGGAGGAGCACCCUUCACUGAAGACAGUUCUGGACGCCCUGUGCCAGGAUGAUUUUGGUAAGCAUGUGCAAUAAUGUACUGUAUGUAUGUGUGUUUGCAUUGAUUAGUAUGUUAUGCAGGUUUAUUAGUGUGUAUUUGUACCAUACAUAUGUGUGUAGUUCUGUCUAAGCUAGCAUACUCACCUUCUCUCCUCUCUCUUCCCUCAGCUGUAACAGCCAAGCUGUCUCGCCGGCGCCUGCCCUCAGGGGAGCCAGAGUUUGAGGUGGAGGGCCGGGUAGAGUUUAUCCGCCAGGGCCCCCUGCUUCCCUACGACACCCAGCACCUCCUCCAGCAGUGGCUGCUCAUCAACCUGCCCUGUGCCAACGUACUGGUCCGGCCCGGCCGCGCCCAGCUCUACCUGCUGACUGGCGCCGUGCAGCCCGAUGGCACCCUGGCCCUCACCCGCCUCUUCCCCUGGCACAAGAAGAACAACAGCAUCACAAUAGCUACGCGCAAGUGGAAGCACCACAAGUGUUGA